AUGGCACGCCGUGUGGUGGUAUGGCUUCGCAAUGAUUUGCGCUUGCAUGACAAUGAGGCAUUCUGUGCUGCAGCAAUGCAGGGUGCUGCUGAGCUAAUCGUGGUGUACUGCCUCGAUCCUCGUCAUUAUCAAGAAAGCCCUUGGGGAAGCCACAAGCGCUGUGGCGCCCACAGGAGCCAGCUCAUUGCAGAGUCCUUGGAGGCCUUGUCUCUUUCUUUGUGCAAGAUCGGCUCUAAGCUUUACGUGGCUCCAGGCGCCCCAGAAGAGGUGCUGCCAGGACUUCUAUCUCCAGGUUCGCUGCUGAUAUACCAGGCCGAGGACACCCACGAUGAGCAGCAAGUUGAGGAGGCUGUCACUUCAGCUUUGAGUCCAGGAGUCGACGUGAAAUAUCACUUCGGCCAGACCUUGCAUCACCGAGAUGAUUUGGGUUUUGACCUUAAAGCAUGGCUGCCACUGCCCUUCGGAAAGUUCUACCACGAGACAUGUGGCCAAGUGCGGCCCAGAUGCGAACUCAGAACACCAGGCAAAGGCGAUUUGCCGCCACCACCUGCAGAUGACGACAUAGCAGGGGUAGCUGUAGUGUCACCACAAGCUACCACUUUGCUGGAAGCCAUGGGCACCGAGCCUGUGCUAUCCAGUGGAGACUUUCACUGGAAAGGUGGAGAGGAUGCAGCCCUUCAACAGCUUGAAGCUUAUUGCACCAGAGGAGGACUCGGGAGCUAUCAACGUACUCGCAACCAACUCCAUGUGAACUGCAGUAGCCGCCUUUCACCUUGGAUGGCCAUUGGUUGUUUAUCACCACGCACCGUGUUUUGGCGAGCUGAGAGGUUCGAGCGUGAGCAUGGUAAGGAUCGCGGCUUCGAUCAUGUUCAGAAGUUCAUGUUUCAACUCUGCUGGCGUGAUUAUUUUCACUUUUAUUGUGCUCAUUUCGGUCGCUUGGUCUUCUUCCCCUCCGGUCCAGCAAGGCGCCAGAGGCCCUGGAAGCGAGAUGCAGAACUGGAGACUAGAUGGAAGACUGGCAGGACUGGAGUGCCACUGGUUGAUGCAUUGAUGCGUGAGCUGGCAGCCACUGGGUUCAUGGCCAAUCGAGGCCGCUACAUCGCCGCGUCAUACUUGGUAUUCUACCUGAACAUUGACUGGCGUGUGGGGGCCGACUGGUUCGAAAGCCUCCUCUUGGACCAUGACGUGUGCUCCAACUAUGGUGAGUGGGCCUCCAUGGCCAAUGUGGCCGUUGACUUGGGGGAGAAAUAUCCUUUGGGCCUCAAGGGCCGCGGCCCCACUGGUGGACGCAAGCCCGGCGCCAGAGGCGGUGGUGGUGAUCCAUGGGCAAAAGGAGUCAACAUCGGUGAUGCAAUUUUCGACCCCUUUGAGCAGGCGCAGCACUACGAUCGUGAUGAAUCCUAUGUGCGGCGCUGGCUGCCUGAACUUCAUGGACAUCCUGCUGGCUCUAUCCAUACAGGAGGCGCUGUGAGGGGCCACAUCGCUCCACUUGCCACAGAGCCGCUGCAGCUUGGCCGGCGCAAGCUUGGAGUGUGGCAGGCAAAGCCACAGGUAGCUGCAGGGCGAUGGCAGCUGCAGCAGGACAAGGCUGCAUCUUCGCCACGCCAGUGUGACCAGGAAUAUCGCCCACAACGCCGUUGGCAGGCCAAGGCCUUAAGGACGCCACUACCAGAGAGGUUGCAUGGCUGGACAAGAGCUGAGCUGCAAGGCCACUGGCAGGAGGGAAAAUGUCUGGUUUUCGAUGAUUCCUUCGAGCACGAGGUUUGGCACGAAGGGACCGAAGCUCGAACUGUUCUACUGGUCAACUUUUGGCAUCCAGAUGUGCCGCGUGAGAUGCGAGAGGAGUUGAUUGUGGCCUCGAGAUCAGCCCAAAGAUCAGACACGGGAAAGAGAUGA